ACCCCAGCUGGCCUGGCGACCUCCUGCCUCCUGUGCCAAGUGUAAUGGAGACCGGCACCACCAUGGGCCCGACUCUGCUGCCGCCACCUGGCCCCUGUAGCCCAGAGCAGCCCGGAGGGGGCCGCCGCGGGUCUCGUUUAUUCCGUGUGGGCCCUGGAGCCAACCUGUCCUGAGUUCCCGCCCUCGCGCGGCUUAGUGGCCUCUCCCUGCAGCCUGUCGUUGUUGGCGGCGGCAUGGUCUUCUGUCUGGAGAACGAGAAGCCGCGCCGCCCGCUGGGAAGCACCAUGGUCCAUUUCCAGGCCUCUGAAGUCCAGCAGCUGCUACACAACAAGUUCGUGGUCAUCUUGGGGGACUCAAUCCAGCGGGCUGUGUACAAAGACCUGGUGCUUCUGCUCCAGAAAGACUCACUGCUCACAGCCGCCCAGCUGAAAGCCAAGGGGGAGCUGAGCUUUGAACAGGACCAGCUGGUGGCUGGGGGUCAGCUGGGUGAGCUGCACAACGGGACACAGUACCGGGAGGUCCGCCAGUUCUGCUCGGGUUCUGGCCACCACCUUGUACGCUUCUACUUCCUCACCCGCGUUUACUCCGAGUACCUCGAGGGAGUCCUGGAGGAGCUGACAUAUGGGCCUGCCCCGGACCUGGUGAUCAUCAACUCCUGCCUCUGGGAUCUCUCCAGGUAUGGCCGCUGCUCGAUGGAGAGCUACCGAGAGAACCUGGAGCGGGUGUUCAUGCGCAUGGACCAGGUGUUGCCAGACUCCUGCCUGCUGGUGUGGAACAUGGCAAUGCCCCUAGGAGAGCGUGUCACUGGGGGUUUCCUUCUGCCUGAGCUCCAGCCCCUGGCGGGCUCUCUGCGGCGGGAUGUGGUUGAAGGGAACUUCUACAGCGCUACACUGGCUGGGGACCACUGCUUCGAUGUCUUGGACCUCCACUUUCAUUUCCGGCAUGCAGUACAGCACCGUCACCGGGACGGUGUCCACUGGGACCAGCAUGCCCACCGCCACCUCUCACACUUGCUUCUGACCCACGUGGCUGAUGCCUGGGGUGUGGAGCUGCCAAAGCGUGACUGUCCCCAUGACCCGUGGAUUGAGGACUGGCCAGAGCCGGAUCAUCUCCUCCAGGGGAGCCAGGGGCGCCAGGGGCAGCCCCCAGACUUCGGGGAGCAGCUGGCCUUUCCCCCACCCUCUUCCUUACCCCUUCCCAUGCAUUUUCCCUACCCUCUUCCUCAGCCCUCCCCACCUCCUCUGUUUCCACCCUUGCCCCAGGAUCCCCCUUUUUUCCCAGGCCAGCCCUUCCCACCCCAUGAAUUCUUCAAUUUUAAUCCAACAGAAGACUGCUCGAUGCCACCCCACUUAGGAUGUAGCCCUGGAGUGAACUUUGUGCCUGGCCCCCUGCCUCCUCCAGUCCCCAGCCCUGUCCCCCAUGGUCAGCACCAGGGCCUGGCCAUCCACCGGGGGAUGCCACGCUGUAUUCACACCAGCCCCUACCACGUGCCAAGGACAGGGGCACCCUGCAGGCAGCGUCCCAGACACUCAGACAGGCUGAUCCAUACAUACAAACUGGACAGAUGGCCUCCUGCCCAUUCGGGGACAUGGCCUGGGUAGAGUGGAUCUUAUGCUGGGGCUGAAUGUGCCAGUGGCCCUGCAGUGCCUGCUUGCCACCCCAGGUGCUGGGCCAGGGUAUCUUGCUAUGCCUGGCAUUGUUGUUGUCCAUUGCUGUCACCAAUAAAGGCAUGGAAGAACA